CCGUACAUUGCGUCCAAAAAUAUGUGAUUACCGGCACCCGCUCUCAAGCUCUAGCUUUAUUAUCAGAAACGGAACUUUCCAUUAGUGUGUCUAUCGAGUCUACAAAACCUUUUUUCAGCUUUAAAGGAUACGGAAAUUAUCACAAUUAGAAAAUUUACAGCACUAUCUAAUAACUUUAUUUGUAUCAUAACCAAGAAUUUUAGGUCACAAUUUCUGAAUAUGUGAAAGCGCUACUAGUAUUCGGAUCCGGUUGGCCGUGUCGAUAUGCAAAUUUAUGCUUUAGUUCCAGUUUUAUCUAAGGAGUGUUUUCGUCUGAUCCGAAGCAGAACUUUGCAGUAAUAUAGGAGCUGAUGCAUAUAGGAAUAAUGGCGAUUUUCAAAAGGAUCUGUACUUGUUUGUGCUUGUUAAUCUUUAAAUACGAAUGUGCCGGUGUACGCCUAGUGUUAGGCCCCGUUAACUAUGCGGCCUCUCCGACCGAAAACGUUCGCUUACGGUGUCAGAUAAGAGAGAAAGGGUCGGCAAAGAUAAUCUGGACCUAUGGAUCGGAGACUAUUCUAAGCUAUGACAGACAGACUAACAGACUUCUAGAUCCCAAUCUCGGGAGUCGGUACUCCAUUACGCCAUCGUUCGGCAAUAAUUUUGAUCUAAAUAUUCAAGACGUACGUGUGAUUGAUAUUGGCAUGUAUACCUGUGGCUAUAUAGGAAAUAAAACAGUGUUUAGCUUAAAAUCUAUCAAGCUGGAUGUAGUUCAGGAUACAUCGGUUCAGGUGUAUCCUAAUUGCUACCCUGACCAGUCGCUGGAUAGAAUAUCACCACACGAUUCAGUUGAUUUGAAUUGUGAUGCAGGUUUGACUAUAUCACCCAACACAAAACUUAGCUGGAUCAAACGUGGCACCACGCUUGUAAGCCAGGUUGGUGAACCAUACCUAUCGUAUCAUACUGUUCUCACACAUGACGACUACGGAGUCGCGUUUGUUUGUAAUGUAACUGACCUAUUAACGGACCAGUAUAAAACAUGUCGAAUUGUACCACUUAUUUUUGCACAAAAGACAUCGUUAUUUGUGCAGAUCGCACCACCGAUAAUUGAGGCCCAGGUUGGAAAUGAAGCUAUUUUUACCUGUAUUGCGAGAGGUUUAGAAUCAACCGAACAGCCACGAUAUAGCUGGUCAAUUACUAAUACUGAUCUGAUUACAAGUAAACGCGUUUUUGUACAAAAUAAAAUACUAAAAAUAAUUAAUAUUCAACCUGAUGAUGACAGAUCUCGUUUCACAUGUGAAGUAAUUACAGAUACACGACGUCGAGGGUCAAGAGAUACGGUAUUAUACGUGGCUUUACCGCGCCCACGCGUCACUACCCCUACAAGGACCACAACGAACACAGGACCCCGUACACAUACGUUACUGUACUUUAACGAAACAACUAAUACAUUUGUGCCUAACAUUACUAAUACUAAUAGCAAUCAAAGAGGACUUAGAAGCGGGAUUGCUGUUGUUAGUGCUUUAGUCUUGAUAUUCAUUAUUAUAAUAGCAGUGGAAGUUGCUAGAAGAAGAAGAAACAGACAACGAUCUGGAAAUGCUGUACCAACUGGGGAACGGGAAGCGGUAUUCCAGGAUGCUGCGACCGUAGGCGACAGUUCUCGAUUCAGUUUUAUGCAAAUAAUCAUAAGAUUUAGUCGUACUUUUAGUAGCGCACCCCCGAAGAAACCAAGACGAGUCCGAUUUGCAAAUCAAGAAAGCAUGCGUAAGCCAAAGAAAGUCAUUAGUGAGCAUCUAUAUGACUUUGUUCCAUUUGAGGAGGAGAACCCGAAAAGUAACAAAAAGCUCUUCAAGAAACCUAAACUAUUCUUAUUUGAAGAAGGGUCUGUUUAUAAAAAUAUCACCAAAAACAUGUCAAACAAUUGCUCACUCAUAAGUUAUACAUGUAAAUAUGAAUCACAUCCAGUGACCUGUGCGUGUGUGCUGGACGAUGUGUCUGGAAAAAUGAGCCUAGCAAAUCCAGACACUGAUACUAGACCAAGAACUCAUCCUGGAAAUUUGGAAAUCAUUUCUAAAGGCAAUCCUUUGAAACCACCAAAACUUCAGUUGACCAGUGGACUGGAUUUAGUUUACGCAGAUUUAGACUUUCACGAAAAAACGCACGAGUCACCGACUUUAAUGCAAGUUUUACUAAGACUGCGGGGAAAUGAAUAUGCGGAAAUACGAACCAGUGUAAAGUAAUAAUGAGCAUUUUUACGUAAAUUAGACCUACUAUUAGUAUGGAUAUGUAGCAAACUCUAAAUAAAAUACAUGCAUUACGGUUACACAAAGUUGAAACGUAUACUGUACGUUGAAAUUAUAGACAUAACAUUCACUGGAUAUUUCAAGCACUCCUUCUCUUUCUCAACGAUAACGAUGAAAACUUAAUCAAGCAAACACUACGGUGGUGGAUAAAAAUUUAAAGAGUUUUAGGCUGUAUAAGAUCAAUCAUACACAUAAUAUGUACGGUAAAUGUUGAAUUAACUACAACUAUAGAAAUAUGUUUCUCUUCACCCGGCGGAAGGCAAUGCCCUAUCUUUUCUAGCGAAGGACCAAUUGCAAAAGCGAUUGACCCAUGUUUAAUGUAUAAUAGUCUUGAAUAUAAAUUGGAUAGGCCUAUAAUAUUUUAAACAGGUCUAGACAAUACUUGAUAGUAUUUUAAAUAGGCUUAUAAGUUGAUUUGGCCUUGUACACAUUACCAAGGAAACGCAGAUAUUGAACCGGGGAAGCCCAUAUUUAGUAAACCGUUGAAUCACAAUGAAUAGGCCUACUACGCUCAGAAGAUUAGUAAUAAUUGAAACUAAACGCGAAUCGUAUUAUACAAGGUGUCAGAAUGAAUAUGUUAAAGAAUAAUUCAUAAGAUUUUGUUAGAUCCAAUAAAACAUGAUUAUAAUAUUCAAUUAUCAAUUAUUUAUAUAAUCAACCAUAUUAUCAACUACCAUUAUCAAUGAAUUUCAUAUCAUAGUAGGGCCUAGGUUUUAUUGUUACAGAUUGUACUGUGAGUAAAAACGUACAUGAUUGGUAGCAAACAUGUCAUUCAUUGUUAGGUUGGCCCGUGGUAUUCAGGCAUCAGGCAUAGUAUUGUACAUCAAUGAGUUACUAUGGAAUUUUGCAAUUCACGUUGGGAUUUAAACAAAGUCUAGAUUAAUAAUUGAAUAGAGGAUUUCAAUCCAUUACUGCUUCUGAUUACUGUGAUUAAUGAUGGCAAAGUAGUAUAUAAUUUAAGUUUUUGUAUUAAAACACUUUCAAUACAAUGUGCAAUACGAAAUGGAAAAGGGGUGAAUCACAUGGUGGCUGGGGUAAAAUGUAUUGCCUCCUCGAGAUCCAAAAAACAACGUUAAUAUUUGUUAUGAAGUAUGAAGUUUUCGUUAUUUCGUUCCAAAAUUAUACAAAAGGUUUCUAUCCCUUGUUGAAUCUUUUAGUAGCUCAAUUUGAACAAUUGUUUGUUAAACAAUAGGUAAACGCUUCAAUACCAUUCCUAAUACAUUGUGGUUUUUCUCGACCUUGGGAUUUAUGGUUGUUUUUUUUUUUAAAUAUUUUUUGUCAUUUUAAAGUUUUCAUAGACUAGUAUUGCAUACUCUGACGUUGAAUUUUAGGUCACCGUGGUCUGUAACGUCAUAACCACUUCACCACAAUAAGACUUUGUGAUUUUACUAUUAUAAUACAAUGGAAAAAAUAAUAUAAUAUGAAAUAGCCCUAUGCAUGACAAACAAUUUUGCUGAGCGGGCCCGUAGUAGUAACCUUCAUAUUUACAGGAGACGGCACUGUCAUCAUCAUCCGUUGGACAUGCACGUGGGUUCUCCAAAGGGAACUAUUUGGCAUUGCGAGUAUUUGCUUAAAGGUACCUAUGACAGGGUUGGUAUAUCUCCUUCAAAAGAAUAUGCCCAGAGUUCUCCUAGGGUUUUCAGCCAAUAAUACCUUAUUGUUUAGUACUAUCCGACGAUUUCUUAUUCUUGCUCAUCACUCGAACGGAAUGGGGUUAUUUUUUUCUUAAUUUUUUACUGACAUCAUGUAGCAUGCCACUAGUUUUAUGAAAAUUGUAAAAAAUGCUGCGAAGGCAAUCGGUAGUUCCAAGCAAAAUGACAAUAGCAUUAUAAGGACGACCGUCGAUAAGACCAGCGACUGUUACUACAACCACUUUUUUUUUUUGAAAUGAUAAAAGUAAAAGUAUAAUCAUACACGCUAUCACUGCCUGGUGACAUCCAAUGAUUCAUAGUAUUACCGGUAACUGCGAUCUUAUGACAGCGCCCCCACUUUAGUCAUUCUGUAAUAUUAUUUUCGACAUAAAUCUUACAACAAAAGCGUCGACGUAUGCCUCGAUAUUGUUAUUGCUUUAUCAAACA